AUGUCCUUCCACUCCUCCUCCAAAGACAUCCACAUCGAGGUCAACGAGCGCCACCAAUGCACCCUCCUUCUAUGCAUGGUCCGCAACCAAGAGGGGCAGUACAUCCCGAAUAAGAUCAGAUUGGAUGACCAUAUUGGGAACACAGAUGGCUGGUUCAUCUGGGGCGGCACAAACUUCACCCUAUCCGCCUCGAACAUCGCUCUGGAAAUGACCCCGUACGGGCCAAAGCUGUGUGCUGAUCUGCGCAUGCAUGAUGGCGGCUCGAGAGGAAGGCAGGGGAUUAUGCUGUCGGAUAAGAUUGAGAAUCGGAAUGGGCAUCUUCAUUUCUUGGGGCCUUGA